ACGCUUUUGAUUGAUCAAUUGCAUCGCUUUCCUUUCCGAUACGCGUUACUUGAAGAAGAUACAUAACCUCGUCUUCCCACAUCCAUCUGCCACAAUGUCUGCCGCUGUCGAGGCCAGUCUGGAGGACUUCCCUUCGCUCUUCUCGCUCAAGGGCAAGGUUGCCGUCGUGACAGGCGGAUCGCGCGGUCUCGGCCUGCACGCAGCAUCAGCCUUCAUGCAGGCCGGCUGCUCCAAAGUCUUCAUCUCCUCCCGCAAGGCCGCCGCCUGCGAAGAGGCCUGCAAGGUUCUCAACGCGCUGCCCGGCCGCUCGCCCGGCGCCACGGCAAUCUCGGUGCCCGCCGACUCGGCCACCAUGGACGGCGUCAACCACCUGCUGGCCGAGGUCAGCAAGCACACGGAGCACGUCGACAUCCUCUUCGCCAACGCCGGCGCGACCUGGGGCGAGGCCUUUGACACGCACCCGGACCAGGCCUUCGCCAAGGUCAUGGACCUCAACGUCAAGGCCGUCUUCAACACGGUGCGCGUCUUCACGCCGCUGCUGCAGAAGCAGGCCUCGCUCGACGACCCCAGCCGCGUGCUCAUCACGGCCAGCGUCGCCGGCCUGGGCGUCGGCACGCUCGGCAAGCAGGGCACCUACGGCUACUCGGCCAGCAAGGCCGCCGUGCUGCAUCUGGGCCGCAACCUGGCGCUCGAGCUGGGCCCGCGCGGCAUCACCGUCAACUCCAUCUGCCCGGGCUUCUUCCCCAGCAAGAUGGCCAACGGCCUGCUGGCCAUGUCGGGCGGUGCUGACAAGAUUGCCAAGGCGAACCCCAUGCGCCGCCUGGGCCGACCUGAGGACAUCGCGGGCAUUGUGGUGUACUUGACGAGUCGGGCUGGCUCGCAUGUGAAUGGCGAGGCCAUUGCCAUUGACGGCGGUGCGCUGUGGUCCCGUGGAGAGCUGAUGGUUGAAGAACAAGCAAAGUUGUAAAUUGUGAUUUCAUUUUCCCUUGGGAUUGGCGCUUGAGAAAGAGAAGGGCGCGCAUGCAUUGGGGGUAUCCAGAAAAUUGUAUGAUAUAAUGGCUGUAUAUAGUGCCACAUGAAUACCUCAUCAGAUCGGUU